AUGCCAUGUCAUGUGAAUUUAGAACCAGAAAUAUACGAUGUGGAGAAAAAUGAACAGGCAGAUGAUUUUCCUACAGAUCAUAUCGAUGGCUUACGAAAAGAGUUGGCGGUAGCUUACUUGACAAUAAGCAGUCUCAAGCACACCAUUCAGCGGCUUUCUCCUUUCACAGAAGACUCAAUGCAGUCAUCCACUGAUGGGUUCAUUCAGCACUACACUGGUCUUCCAAAUUUCAAAGUUUUGAAGGCAGUGUUUGAUUAUGUUACACCACAAGACAUGCGCACUAAAUUGUCAAGAUUCCAAAGAGUUUAUGAUGCUGAGUUACAGCCACUAAUUUUGUGGCCUGAUAGAGACAUUCUGAGAAAGACUAUGCCGGAAUGUUUCCUGUCCUCAUUUGGAGAAAAAGUGGCAGUUAUUAUCGACUGUUUUGAAAUUUUUGUUGAAAGGCCUACAAAUCGUUUAGCUCGAGCAUGUACUCGGUCCCAAUACAAACACCACAACACGGUACAAUUCUUGAUAGGCAUAGCACCACAAGGCAUCAUCUCAUCAAUUUCAGAUGCAUGGGGAGGCAGAGUCAGUGAUAAAUUUUUAACUGAGCACUCUGGAAUUCUCAAAAAGGUAUUGCCUGGAGAUGUGGUGCUAGCUGAUAUGGGAUUUGACAUUUCAGACUCAGUUGGAAUGCAGCAAGCUAAGUUGUACAUUCCUGCCUUUACAAAAGGAAAGGAUCAACUAGCUGCAUUUAAAAUGGAAGAAACCAGAUUAAUAGCAAACGUCCGCAUUCAUGUAGAGAGAGUCAUCGGCUGUGUACGGCAAAAGUUUACCAUACUGAAGGGUACGCUACCAAAGGAUUACAUCACAAGGCAUGCAGCUGAAGGCUGUCCCCUCAUCGAUCGAAUUGCUAAAGUUUGCUGUGCCCUAUGUAAUGUUUGUGACUCAGUUGUUCCAUUUGACUAG